AUCUUAGGGCCGACUAGAAAAAAAAAAAAAAUCCCCGAGCUUGCUUAUAGUAUAACGAUUUGAAAUUUCCCGUCUCGACGACGACGAGAUCUAGUUGCAGGGGGGGUUUGAUUAUUGGAAAGCCUUUUCAGAGAGAUGGAACCCAAACCGACGACAGAUGGUGUUAUGCGUCGCAUCCGUCCAGCAUCGUUCAUAUACUAUCCAUACGCCACGGGGACGUCCUCUGGGAAAGAGCACAUUAGAGAGGAGCUUGUACGACUAGGAGUUGAGCUCUCAGUCUCUGUUGCUGAAUCCAUGUUCUUGCUCUGUGAUGACAUUCACACCAUGUUGUGGUUCUGCUUUAAGCUGUGGAGAUAUACAUUACCUCCCUCCGAUCCUGUGUCAGAAAGGCUGCUUCGCGUUUUUCACUAUGUCUACUCAAAGGACAUCAAACCCAAGAACACGCCGGUUUGUUGUCCGGAUGGUGGCAACUCGGUCCAAUGGGAAUUCGUCAAGACCACUUGGAAUGAUUUUACCGAAGGGGUCAUUGUUUUGAAUCGCCUUGUUUUGCUUCUCAGGAAGAAAGAUUGCUCUUUCGAUGAUCGGCUCUUAUCUUCCGCUGUUGAAAAAUACAAGCAACAAGUUCUUAAGAAGUUAGAGGACAAAUUGGUGUCCACAAAAGAUGUUUCAGAGCUGAAUGGUUUUGCCAGGGAGACUGUUGCGUGUAGCAUUUCUUACCUGUGGAAGUCUCUCUUUGACGACGAAGAUGCUGCUGGCGAACCAAGUCCAGAAGUGACGAGGGAUAGGAUUAUUAGCGACCUGUUUCAGCAUAUAUUGGACGAUUCCUGCCAUUGCGAGAUACUGUCACUGCCCGUUACUUCUCCUUACAUUCUAGGGGCAGAAUUUCCAAUGCAGGGGAUUAGAGAGGAGGUUGUGCAACUAGGAGUUGAGCUCUCGCUAUGUGUGGCUGAGUCGAUGUUCUUGCUGAGUGAUGAAAUCUGGAGUGUGUUACAGUUCUGCUUGAAGUUGUGGAGAAGUGUUUGGAGGUUCCGGAAAACUGGUAGUCCCGUUGGAGAAAGGCUGCUUCGUGGGAUGCAUCAUGUCUACUCAAGAAAUAUCAAACCGAAGAAUGGAGUGUAUCACAGUGGUUACAAGUCGGUCCAUUGGGAUUUGAUCAGGACGACUUGGGAGGAUUUUGUUGCUGGAAUCAGAGAUUUGCACAAUCUUUUUAUGAGACUCGAAGUAAAUGGAACCUCGGCAGGUGGACGAGAGUAUACGUCUCGGGUUGAAGAAUUGCUGAAGAAGGUCAAGGAGAAGUUGAGGUGUGCCAAGGAUGUUUCAGAGGCAAAUGGGUUUGCGAGGGAAGCGAUGGAGUCUAACAUUUUGGGUUUGUGGAAGUCUCUUUUUAACCGAGGUACCGAGGAAGCAUGGGCUCGAAACGCGAUGAGGCGUGAGAUGCUUAUGGACUUGUUUCAGCCUUUUUUGAAAGAAACAGAAGAAGCAAAACAGCAGCAUUAGCCUAGUAGCAGGUGUCUUCUUGCUUCUAUGUAUCGUCGUACGUCGGAGUAGAGUUCCCUUGUUUUGUAUGUCUCCGGACUUUGUUCGUUCCUGCCAACUUGUUUUGCUUGGUGAAAUCAUAAACUUUGGUUUGACUUGUCAAAUUUAAUCAUGGAUUUUUGCAUAAAUAACGUUUCGUUUAAUCA